AUGAAGCAACUCACUCUACAACCAAUUCGCGGCGUUCAGGGCGAGAUACGAUUGCCCGGCUCAAAGAGCAUGUCCAACCGGGUCCUUCUGCUGGCGGCUCUGGCGGAAGGCACAACACAGGUUCGCAAUCUGCUGGAAAGCGACGAUACCAGCCACAUGCUGAACGCCCUUAGCAUACUCGGAGCAGGCAUCAAGUACUCUGAUGAUGGCGCAUACUGCGAGGUAAAGGGACUGGGCGGGGCGUUUCCUGAGAGCGAGGCAACGCUGUUUCUGGGUAACUCCGGCACUACGAUGCGCUCCCUGUGCGCCGCAAUUUGUGCAGGAAAGGGACGUUACACCCUGACCGGCGAGCCUCGCAUGCUGGAGCGCCCCAUAGGCGACCUCGUUGAUGCACUGCGGCAGGUCGGCGCGCAGAUUGAGUACACGGGAGCUGAAGGGUGCCCGCCUCUAGACAUCACUGCAUGCGGACUCGCAGGCGGCACAGUCAGCAUCCGUGGCAACAUAUCCAGUCAGUACCUCACUGGCAUGCUUAUGGCGGCGCCGAUGUCCCUCGCGCCUCUGACUAUUGAGGUCGAAGGGGAGCUGGUGUCCAAGCCAUACAUCGACAUGACCAUUGACGUGAUGUGUCGCUUCGGAAUUGAAGUGGAGCGCAGCGGCUAUGAGUGGUUCCGACUCCCCGGCAAUCAAGCCUUCAGAUCGCCCGGCAGCAUUCUUGUUGAGGGCGAUGCAUCAUCAGCCUCCUACUUCCUUUCGGCGGGAGCGAUCGGCGGCGGCACCGUUCGCGUCAAUGGCGUAGGCGACGACAGCAUUCAGGGGGACGUCGCGCACGCGAAAGUGCUUGAGCAGAUGGGCGCCAAUGUGUCGAGCGGACCGGACUGGAUUGAGAUUUCGCGCGGCGAACUGACCGGGAUUGACGCUGACCUAAACCACAUCCCGGAUGCCGCAAUGACUGUCGCGGUAACGGCUCUUUUCGCCAAGGGCAAGACGACCAUCCGCAAUGUGCAUAACUGGCGUGUCAAGGAGACCGACCGUCUUUCAGCUAUGGCAACGGAGCUGCGGAAAGUGGGGGCGAGUGUUGUUGAGGGUGAGGACUACAUCGAGAUUACACCGCCGCAGAAAAUCCAACCCGCUGUCAUAGACACCUACAACGACCAUCGCAUGGCUAUGUGCUUCUCGCUGGCGGCUCUUGGUGAUGCCAGCAUCACUAUCAACGAUCCCUGA